GUAAUUCAUAAUAAAUUGUGUGGCAUAUCAUCAUUUUGUUAACCUAGCCAUCCUUCACCGCUUCUUCACGACGACGCACAGGGCAGGGUUGUUUCUUCCCGGCUAAGAAAAAACAAAAUGUCUAGUAAGGAUAUGCAAAACCUUGUAGCCCAACUUCCAGAUAUGAUAAGCUUUUCAGUACCUCCAGAAAUGCAAAACCUGCCACCUCUAGAUAGGAAAGGCUAUCCACCACCUCCAGAUAUGAAAACAUUCGUGGAGACGACGGCACGUUUUGUAGCGGAACACGGCGGGUCUGAGAAGGAGAAGUCUAUCAUUAACGUUAAACUCCAUGAUGAAAGCCUCAACCUCAACUUUCUGAAGAGCUCAGAAGAUCCCUUACACGGAUAUUACAAGCAAAAGCUCGCUGAAUACCUUUCUCAGAAACAAGAAGAAGAAGAAGAAGAAGAUGCGUUCUUCACAUUGAUCCCAAAAAAACAAAAAAAAAACAAAAAAAAGAAGAAGAUGUCGGAGCUAAUCAUCAGGAGAAGAAAGUUGUUGUACUUGAGCCUCUUACCGAAUACUAUAGAGCUAAUCUUGAUGAUGGUAAAGUUUAUCUGCCUGAUCUCCUGGAAGUCAGACUUCCUAAAGGGAUGAAGCGCAAGGAGUUUGAGACUAUGAAGCUCACAGCGCAGUUAGCAGCUUGGUAUGGUAACCGUUUUUGGCUGCCUUUGAGAAAAAGAGCUGGGUUUGAGUUUACCAAUCAAGAUAAUCGCUACUUCCCACGUUUCUUUCGGUUUGUUCUCGAGUAUUCCAUAGUAUUUGCGCCCCCUAAAGAUUUGCAAGAAAAGAUGAGCAAGAGUCACGCUUAUGCAGCAGCCGUUCAGGAUGGUUUUUUCCUUCUUCUUCAGAUGAAUUCUCUCCAGGCGUACCGAUGGCAGGAAGGAGGGGUGAUGUCAUUGGUUAAUUGGCAUGCUUCUCUUGAGAAAGAUAUUGCUAACAUGGAGCAUGAUGAUGAUGAACCUGAGCCAAAGACACAGACACACACGUUUGAUGAACCAGCCACCCUUGUUCCGGAAGACCAGUUUGAUCUUGCUCAACACCCGGGUUCAGCUCCAAUCAAGGUUUCUGUUUCCAAUGCCUUUGACAUCACACUGCAGUCAUUAUCGCAAAAUGUGGCGAGUUUGGAGGAGAAGAUAGCUGCGGCGAUCCAAAUUCCAUCACACAGGAGGUUGAAGUUAACUGGAAAAGCCGGGGUGUUAGAGGACGACAACAGGUCACUUGCACAUUACAAUGUGGAAGCAGGAGACAACCUUACUCUGUCCUUGUGUGAGAGCGAGAGAGAUUGGUAGGGAGAUGUUGUUUCAAAUCUUUCUUUUAAAUAAUUCUUGUUUAAGUUUGUGUUUGGAUAUUGACAGAUUGUUCUUUGUUUUUUCGAUACUCUAUGUCAUGUGCAAUCUCUUAAAAUGCGUCUUUUAAAUAAGUCACAUAUAGGGUUUGAUUCCUUUGAUGUUA